UGCCUUCCAUUAGUCUGAGUCUCCGUCCACAAUUCCAAUCUGAAAAUCCGAUCGGGAGAGAAAACCCUAAUUUCGAAAAAGCUUCGCUUUAUCUCUGUGGCCACACUCUGUAAUCUUACUCCUCUUGAUUCUCUCAAUCUGUUGUUUCUCUCAAUCUGUUGUUUGGUAGGGGGCUGAUUCGAGAUCCGAAAACAUGGAUGGGAACAAAGAAGACGCGUUGAAAUGCCUGAACAUCGUCAAGGAAGCGAUCAAAUCCGGAGAUCGAGAGAGAGCUCGGAAGUUCCUCUCCAAAGCUCGUCGUCUCGAUCCGGAUCUCCCCAUCGACGAUCUCAAAUCCCAGCUCAACAACCAACCAGGAUCCGAAAAACCUCCUCCCGCCACCGCGGCGAAAGAUACCCCAAGUUCAUCAUCUCAGCCUUCUUUACGCCAACGUGGAUCGUCCUCGUCUUCUUCUUCUUCAAUCUCCUACACAGAAGAACAGAUCUCGAUCGUGAGAAAGAUCAAAUCGAAGAAAGACUACUACGAGAUCCUAGGCCUCGAAAACAAAUGUUCGGUAGACGACGUGAGGAAAGCGUAUCGGAAACUCUCCUUGAAAGUCCAUCCCGAUAAGAACCCAGCUCCCGGCUCCGAAGAAGCUUUCAAAUCCGUCUCCAAGGCGUUUCAGUGCUUGAGCAACGAAGAGUCCAGAAGAAAGUACGACGUCAGUGGCUCCGAUGAGCCAAUCUACCAACCGAGACGGUCCGCUAACGGAUUCAACGGUGGUGGUUACUACUACGAAGACGAGUUCGAUCCCAACGAGAUCUUCAGAAGCUUCUUCGGUGGAGGGUUCGGUGGAGGAGGGAUGAUGCCUCCCGCGAAUGCUCAGUUCCGAACAUUCAACUUCGGAGCUACACGGCAUAGAGCAGCCGCUAAUCAUAAUAACAAUCAAGCUCAUGAUGCAGGUUUUAAUGCUCGUGUGCUUCUCCAGCUUCUACCGGUUCUACUCAUUCUCCUCCUCAACUUCAUUCCUUCUUCACAGCCUGUUUACUCGCUCUCGGCGACUUACCCUUACCAUUACAAGUUCACUACGGAGAAGGGUGUUAAUUACUAUGUGAGGUCGUCCAAUUUCGAGCAGGAGUACCCACGAGACAGUCACGAGCGACAGAGUGUGGAAGAGGAUGUUGAGAGAGAUUACGUCUCUAUACUUGGUCAGAAUUGUAGGUAUGAGCUGCAGAGGAAGCAAUGGGGUUUCGUUCGUGAAACGCCUCACUGUGACAUGAUGAGGAAGUUCGAGACGGCUUCUGCUUAAGAAAACCACUCAAGGUACUUAUAAGCAUCUUCAUGUCGAUGCCUAAGAGUCACAAAACAGAUAUAUGUUUUUUUUUUUUUUUGCUUUUGGACUAUGUUGCAGAACAUAACAUACGAAUUCUUGGAUCUUGUGUGAUUAUGUCUGAAUUAAGAUUUUGCUUUUGUUAUAAAAUACUUGUUAGGAAGGAAAAACAUAUCUCGUUUUUAAGGU